CAAAAAAAUUAAAUAAUUUUAUAUCAAGUCGUGAUAAAUAUCGUAAUUUAUUAAAAGCAACAUUUUGUGAGAUAAAUUCAAAUGAAACAAAUAUUCGUAUUUUGGAUCCAAUCGCAUCUGAUACAGAAACGCGUUGGAAUAGCGCUUUCUUUUUAUUGGAACAACUUAUUUAUUUUCAUAAUACACUAUCUGCAUUGGCUGAUAAGCUUGUUUUAGAUUCUGAUAGGUCUACUCGUAUUGAUGAUGCAACUAAUCUUACAUCAGUAUGUAAUGAAAUUCUAGCCUCUUUAUCUAGACGUUGGGAUAUUCCUGAUGAAUUGGGUUGUAUUGCAAGUUUUUUGGAUCCUAGAUUCAAAUUUUUAUAUUUUUUAUCAGAAGAACAAAUAGAAAGUACUAAACAAAGUUUAAAAACACGAAUUGAAUUAUUAGAAACACCUGCCUCAAUAUUAACUACUCUCCACUUAAAUAAAAUUUAUCUUUAUUUACAAAUUCCUGCUCUUCCUGUAGUAGCUUUAAAUCACCCUCAUUAUAAUCUUUAUGAUCCUUUAAAAUAG